AUGGUGGCCUCUGUUAAAGAUUCAAAAAAUGGUUCUGUCAUACCUAUCAAGAUCGACCGUUCACCGUACUUCAGACAGUUAGAAAGUUCAGAACCGAAUGGACAACUAUAUUAUGAUAGAAUAAUAAAUAAAUACAUCCAGAAAAUUUCAAAACAAAGCAGGCUAUAUAACCCUUCGAGUCUUGCCAUCUUAAAGGACGGAAUGAAAGCUGUUUAUGGACGAAGAGGUAUUUUGUUUUGUAUUGAUGUCGAAGCAUGGGAGGUAAAUACAAAAAUAGUAACAGAACUAGGUAUUGCAAUUUUCGAUCCUAGGAAACAAGCCAAUGCGUUGAUGCCCAAUAUAACGCUGAUUCAUAUUAUUAUAAAGGAAAAUAUGAAGCGAAAAAAUGGAAGGUUUGUACCUGAACAUUCACAUAACUACAAUGGAAAAACUACUUACAUACUAUCUCAAGUAGAAGCUGUCAAGUUCGUUCAGAGUCUUAUUCAGUACUAUUUUAUCGAUCUUCUACAUAAAAGGCAAUGUUAUUUGGUUGGCCAUGAUGUUCGGGGUGACAUUGAGUGGAUGCGAAAACUAGGUAUCCAUUUUCCCAAGGAUACCAGUUCCUUAGAUACACAGAAAAUAUAUGCUGCGAGCCAUGGUAUGAAUGGUGCCAGCUUGAAGAACGCUUUGCGAUCUGCUGACAUCCCGCAUGCAUUUCUUCAUAACGCAGGAAAUGAUGCAUACUAUACGUUGGUUCUCGCUCUAAGAUUAUGUGAUCCUCAAAGUAGAGCUUUGAGUACAUUAGAUAAACCCCAUCCAAUAUUGCCAAAGAAGAAAUUAAGACCGAAUUGUAGCGAAGGAGAAUUUGUUGAUAGCGCAGAAGCAUUGAUAUCAAGACUAUAUGUACAAGAGUACAAGAGUGACGAACUUUACGAUAGCGACGACGAAGACGUUUCGUUGUAA